AUGUCCGGACAUUUUACGGCCCAGCACGGAGACGAGCUGCCCCUUGUAUUUAACAAUGUUCAGGGCGACCUGUCCGACAAGUCUCUGGUUCAAUUGGCCACUGACAUGAGUAGCAGCUGGUUCUCCCGCACAAAACGCUCCCUCGACUCCUGCGCCGGCAUCCUCGAAAGCAUAGGCGUGGAAGCCCGCGCGCGAGCCCGCUGCGCAUCCAUUGUCCAUGAGCACCAGAAGCGCAACAAGGCUAAGCGCAACAACAAACAAAUCCUCAACACCAACCAUCAAUAUAACGGCUCAUUCAUCUCGCCUGAUGACACCGAUGCCAUUUUCGCGGGGACCAAACACGUUCUCCUGAACCCGUACGGUGGGAACGGCCCGUACUACGUCCGCGGCGAACUCAUCCGCGAAGACGUGAGAGAGGACGAACCGAGUAUCCCGACUAUUGUCGAGGGCCAGUUCAUCAACUACGUCACCUGCGAGCCUGUCGCAGGGAUGUGGUUGGAUCUGUGGAAUGUCAAUUCCAGGCGUGCACACCGUAACGUGAACCGUACUGCGCUUCGUGGACUCCAGCAGGCGAAUGAGGAUGGUGUUGCGCGGUUGACGACUAUUCUUCCUGGUCACUACAGUGGGCGGACGAACCAUAUCCAUGUUAUCGCGCACUCGAAUGUCACUGUGAAUCCGAAUAAUACUAUUUCCGGGGGCAGUAUCCAGCACAUUGGACAGUUCUUCUUCGACGAGGACUCCCUUGACAAGGCUCGCCAGUUCUGGCCGUAUACUGAGAAUCCGUAUGCGAUUACCACCAACGCCGAAGGUGAUACCCUCCACCAGGAGACUGCGUACUCGAACUCCGACCCCGUGCUUCACUAUGAGUAUCUUGGUGAUAAGCUCGAGGAUGGGCUGCUCAUGUAG